GGUCGCCACAUCAGAGAGACACAGUCUCUGAUUUCUUCUUGGAGAAAGUUUAAGCAGAAGGAAAGAAGAUGAAACUAUUUUUUAGCUUUUGGGGCCUUUUGUCUGUUUUAUCACUUCAGUUUUUCUGUUGUGAACCCAAUCAGGAAGCCAAAUCUCCAGGAGACAUUAUGAUUGGAGGAUUGUUCCCAAUACACGAGAGCGUCAGCAAAACAGGACAGUGUGACAGGUUCAGCGUGGCCCGCCUGGCCCAGUCUCUGAUGAUGGUGCAUGCGGUGGAGGAGAUAAACCGCAGCGGGGAGCUGGGGAACAUCACUCUGGGUUUCCACAUCAUGGACUCCUGCGCUGACGUCACCACGGCGCUCAGAAACACGCUGUCCUUCAUGAAAAUGAACCCAAACGGAACAGAUUGCCAGCACUCGCCCCGCCCACCGGUGACGGCGGUCAUCGGUGAUUAUUACUCAGAAAUAUCGAUAGCAGUGACUCGGCAUCUGAACCUGGAGCAAAUCCCGCAGAUAAGUUACGGGGCUACAUCGGGUCUCCUCAGCGAUAAAACUCGUUUUCCAAGCUUCCUGAGGACGGUACCGCAGGACGAUCACCAGGCCUUCGCCAUCGUUGAAAUCCUGAAGAAGAACAACUGGACCUGGGUCGGCGUCGUGGCAACAGACGGAGAAUAUGGCCGCUACGCCGUUGAACGCCUCCGACAUCAUGCGGCCAAGAACAGCAUCUGCUUCGCUUACAUCAACUUCCUGCCGGAGUUCCUGGUCGACGUGAGCCUGAACGACUCCAUCGCAGAAACCGUGAAGAACAUCACUGACAGAGAAAAAGUCUCUGUCAUCGUGUCCUUCGCCAAACCCGACCACAUGAAGUCCAUUUUUAACAACCUCCUUGAAAACGACAAGGGCAAACACAAGGUCUGGCUGGCCAGCGACAACUGGUCCCAGGCGGCUGAUUGUCUGGAUAUGAAAACCUGGAGUCUGAACGACGUGGGGACCGUUUUUGGGAUAACGCUCAAAUCCGGAGACACGUCCAAGUUUAAGCGGUUCCUCAGGAAUCUGGAUGAAGACUCAGAUCUGUGCCAGAACAACCCGUUUCUGAGUGACUUUUUAAAAAGAAGCCCAAAGGCGUCUUUCCAGUCAAAGAUCGAAGAGUUGGCCAACAUGUCGUAUCCGUACGCCGCGUUCAGCAUCGAGCUGGCAGUCAGAGCAAUCGCUGCAACUGUUAAAGAUCUCUGCGUCGACAAGCAGUGCAACAUCUCCACAUUACAGCCUGAAACGUUCAGAGACGCUUUGAAAAGCGCAAAAUUCUCCAUGGAGGGGAAAAAAUAUUCCUUCAACGACUACAGCGACGUUGACUCGGGUUACGAUUUAAUCCUGUGGAGGUCAUCUUCACAGAAUACGGUGGAUAUGAGCUAUAGCAUCGGCCGCUUUGACAUAGAAACAAAGAGACUUUACAUCAGCAACGUCAUUGAUCAGAUUACAGGAGUGAGCUCCAAGUGCUCCACAUGUUAUCCAGGCCAAAUGAAGGUCACCAAUAAGGGAUUUCCAGUUUGCUGCUAUGGAUGCAGAAAUUGCUCCAAAAAUGAAUAUUCCAACACCACAGAUUCUGCCCAGUGCUAUAAGUGUGAUGAAAACACUGAAUAUUCGGAUGAAGGCAGCAGCAGCUGUAAGAAAAGACUGGACCUGUUCCUGAAAUGGGGCGAUCCGUAUCACAUCACGCUGCUAGCAUUCACGUCUCUGGGCGCUAUGCUAACGCUAACAGUUGAUGUCAUCUUCCUGGCUCGCUGGAAUACGCCGGUGGUGCGCUCAUCGGUCGGCCCCAUAUGCAUCGUCCUGCUGUUCUCUCUGCUCUGCACGUUUGGAAGCGUGCCGCUGUUUGGCGCCAGACCCAGUGAUGAGAAGUGCCGAGCGAGACAAGUUUUCUUCGGCUUGAGUUUCACUUUGUCAGUUUCCUGCAUCUUGGUGAAGUCGUUUAAAAUUAUCUUGGCCUUUGAGUUUGACCCCGUGACCCAGGAUGUUCUGAAGAAAGUCUACAAGCCCCCUGCUAUAAUCGCACUGUGCAUGGCAGGUCAGGCGGUGGUCUGCACCGUUUGGCUGAGCUAUAAAGCUCCACAGAAAGCAUCAGAGCCUCUGGAUGAAAAACGUCUCUGGUUCUGCAAUGAGAAUUCAUAUCCAGCGUUUGGAGCUAUGCUGGCGUAUAUCGGCCUUUUAGCAAUCCUCGGCUUUGUUCUUGCUUUUAAGGGAAGAAAGUUGCCUCAGUGCUACAAUGAUGCAAAAUUCAUCACCUUCUCCAUGCUGAUCUACUUCAUAGCCUGGAUCAUCUUCGGCCCGGUUUAUAAGAACGUUAAAGGCGAAUACCAUCCAGCCGUGGAAAUGGUCGUCAUUGUCAUCUCCGCCUACGCCAUUUUGUUUUGUCAGUUCUUAAUAAAAUGCUACAUCAUCCUCUUCAAGCAAGAGAAAAACACGGAGGCUGCAUUUCGACAGGAAGUGAGGGAGUUUUCCUACGGCAGCGACAGAGACGUGGAGGGAAACCGUCCGGACGGAGUCCAGAACGCGGCGCUGUCCCUGGAGUCGCUGCCCCUGGAGUCGCUGCCCCUGGAGUCGCUGCCCAGCCCAGAGUCGUUUCAGCCUCUGAGCGACCGGCGCCGGUCCACAAACACCGACACCCAGCCGUUCUUCCCCGUCUCAAACGCUCAGCCUGCCUUACCAUCCAGCGUCCUCAGCUUAAGAAAGAAACCGCUGCAGAGAUUUUCAAGCUUGCCAACAUAAACACAGAGUUGAUUCAUAGAAACACUGUAAAAAAUUAUGAGCUGCAGUCAAAAAUGCUCUGCAGAAAUGCCAAAUAACAUUUUUCACAAUUGUAAUUAGACACAUUAGUCAUUGUUCUUAUGUAAAUUACUUAUCCUAUUUUUCUA